GCUGCAGGCUGCCGGAGGAAGAGCAGGGGGAUGGGCCCACAGCCACGCAGGGGCUCCGACGGUCCAGCAGUCCAACAGAUCAGCGGGAUCUGAACUGGAGGGAAGGAAUCUGCUGUGCAACAUCAUCGGCUCGGAUCACUUUGUUAGUUCCCGAAGGGUAGAAACCCAAAAAGUUUGGCUCUGAGUAACAUUAGUUUCUCCUCUGACUUGGAGCGCAGUAAAAGGGGCUUUCUGCAAGACAGGAUGUCGGACCUUCCAGUCAAUGACCACCUCGCAGGGAUUUUAUCUGAUUUUGAAGCACUGAAGAGAUCAUUCGACGAUGACAGUGUGGAUGACAUGACGUCCGUCAACUCAGCUUCCUCUGUUUCCACGCCCAUUUCCCCUUCUUCCUCCCAUUUCAUCCUUAACCACAAUAAACCCACUGUGAAACAGGGAGGGGGUGGUCAGUCUCCCGCUCUUGACGUCAGCAUCAAUAGCAUGGGCUUUGCAACUGACUCCCACAUAUGUCUGAGCUCAAGUCUCAGCCCUGUCCUCAAGACCCGUGCGGUAGGCAGCAGCUUGUCCUUCAACAGAGGAACUAUGAACAGGCCAAUCAUCACCAGCAGUAGCUCCUCUGUGACCAGAGCUGCUUCCUUCCAAAGCAGGUUAAACCCCAACUUUUACUCAACUUUAUCAGGGCCUGGCAGUGACAACGACAGCCUUUACAGCUCCACAUCCAGCUUGGAAUACUCUAGUGGUGGAGGCUAUACCAUCCCAGCUAAUAAGCUGACAUCCUAUCACAGCCCUCAGCCACAGAGGGAGUACUAUGGCUCCAAGCUCAACUGGCCACAACAGCGGGAAGCAAAUGUUUUCAAGUCUGAGGUGAACCAAGGGCAAGAGCUGAUGCAAGAUAAUAGAGAGCCUCGUGGGUUAAACCAUGGCACCAUGUCAAUUCUUGACUUCCAAUUUCCAGUCGAGGGGAAACUGGGAAUUCCAAGAGAUGCUGGUGAAGGCAGGUUGUCUCCAGGAAUUAAGCCUGUUGAUGCUAAUUCUAACUGGAAUGGUCUGCAUAGUGGGAAUUCCUUUGAAGAAGGUGGAUCAAAAGAGGUUUCCCAACAACGGCUUCGGGCCAUCAAGAAUCCUCUGUCAAAAGCCAAAGAAACUCCACGUCUUAACAAGUUUCCCCUGGAUCUGGACAGCCUUGUAAGCACCAUCUCUCCAGCCUCCAGUGCCAAGCCAGAGGCGAGAUUGAUGAGCCCAAAGGCUUCAAACCGCUCCCUGCAGAGCACAAAUGACCAUCAGAACUACAACCCAAGCCCUCCGUCUACAGCUGCCAGCCCUUCAGCCUCUCUCAGCAGCCUAGACAGUUCUUCUGACACACCAAUCCGACCCUAUAACUAUCAACGUUCACCCAUAUCUCCAAGUUCUCCAGUUCCUUCGCACCAUCCCAUCACUGUUCCAGAGAUGGGUUGUUCUCCGGUACCCCUUUCCUCAGCUGAGAACCUUCAGAUGGAUAAUUUCUUACAAUCCCAGGUUGUACACAUGGUCCCCAAUCUCCAAAGCCAAUUCAGUUCUUCCAGCACCUAUUACUCCAGAGGUAUUCAAUCUUUGGAAGGUGGUGAAUGUAAUGAAAAAGAUAGUGUGGACCUAAUAUUACAAAGGAUUGCUUUGUUCUCUCUGCCUGCCACAACCAACACCAUAACAGGACCUGCAGUCCAAACACCUGCUGGGUUGUCAUCAAGGUCUAGCUGUCCCACUGAGACCAGAACCAUGACCACAAGAAAGGAGGGGAACAAGAACCAUGGAGAACUUGCUGAGAAGUUGCUGACAGAGCCACCAACCCUGAUGGAGGAGAGAGGGGAGAACCAGAGUGUCCUUAUGGGAGAAGAACAAAUGGAUGAAACCAAGAACCAAGAACACCAAAAAAAGCACUGUGUGGAGGACCAGAAAGAGCCAGAGGAGACUGGGAAGGAGAAGGGAAUGGGAAUUGAAGAGAAAGAGUCAGAUCUGAAGGCAGCGGUGAAGAUGGAACUUUGCCAGUCUGUACCAGGAUUGCAGACCAGCUUCAUCCGAGGCACCGACCUGUUUGGAUACGUGGGCAUCGAGGCAGUGCUGGACCAGAUGAGGCACAAGACCAUGAAGGCUGGCUUUGAGUUCAACAUUAUGGUGGUUGGUCAGAGUGGUUUGGGGAAGUCCACAUUAGUCAAUACUCUGUUCAAGUCGAAGGUCAGCCGAAAGUCCUGCACACCUAACUUCGAAGAUAAGAUAUCCAAGACAGUCAAACUGCAUGCAGUCAGUCAUGUGAUUGAAGAAAAAGGGGUAAAGAUGAAGCUGACAGUGAUUGACACUCCCGGGUUUGGAGAUCAGAUCAACAAUGAGAACUGCUGGGAGCCCAUAGUGAAAUAUGUCAACGAGCAGUAUGAGAAAUAUCUGAGAGAGGAGCUAAACAUCAACCGCAAGAGAAGAAUACCUGACAGCAGGGUUCACUGCUGCAUCUACUUCCUUCCUGCAACUGGACACAGGCUGCGUCCGAUUGAUCUAGAGUUCAUGAAGCGGUUGGGAAAGAUAGUGAGCAUUGUUCCUGUCAUCGCCAAAGCAGAUACACUCACUGUGGAGGAAAGGCAGGAAUUCAAAGAAAGGAUAAGGCAAGACUUGGCAUCCAACGGAAUCCGGGUUUACCCCCAGAGAGAGUAUGACGAAGAUCCAGAGGAGCGGAUCCUCAACGACAGAAUUAGGGAAAGCAUUCCCUUUGCUGUGGUGGGAACUGACAAGGAGCACCAGGUGAAUGGAAACAAGGUGCUGGGCCGGAAGACAAAGUGGGGAAUCAUUGAAGUUGAAAAUGUGGCACACUGUGAGUUUGCAAACCUGAGAGAUCUUCUUAUCAGGUCUCACCUACAGGACCUGAAGGACGUAACCCACAACAUCCACUAUGAGACCUACCGUGUACGGCGGCUCAACGAGAGCAACAUGAACUUCAGUGAGCUGGUUCUGUCCAACUGGCCCCUGAAGAAUGGGACUGACAUGUGUGAAACAGAGAGCCAGCUCUGAUCUGUCCUUCAUCCACAUCUUCCUCCAGUGCAUUGACACAAGUGCACAUGCUUGCCCUCAUGUCACAGUGAAAUAUGGGAGAAAGAGGAGUUUUUUUUUUCUGCAAUGAGAUAAUAUGGGAAACUAUUUAUCCUUCUUUUUAAGAAUGGGACCAAGUAGUGGAAUACCUUUGUCUAUGAGAAAUAUGUACGUCGUUUUUACACAUGAUAGAAGAAAUGUAUUGCAGCUAGAUGUCUUUGAUGGUGAGGUCACAUAUAUUUCCUGGAAGGGUGGUGAUUUGUUCACUUCAGGUGAUGCAGGCAGAACAAGCAGACAGAAAGUGAAUCAGGAUUAAUGGAGGCUGUAGUUAAACGUCUGCUGGCCAUUCAGGUGACCACACACUUCUUUAAAAUGUCCACAAAUGCCUUGGCCUUGCAGUGUGGAUGAUGACGCUCAGUCCAGAUGUCACAGCAUGUGAAACAGGUGAAUAAAGCAUUAGUUAGAACCUCCUGCUGUGCCAAGAAUUUACACUUUUCUUCCCUGUAAUCUCAGAGGUGUUUAUCCGACGAGCGAUGCCGUUAUUCGCCCACAGAUGGGGUUUAAUCUGCAUUUUUAAGAAGAGGGCUGCCUUUAUUUCAUAGAUUUGAUCUGUUAACAAUAGCGCUAACUGACUUUAGAAAAUACAAACUAAAAGAUUUAACUGUAGGAUUCGGUUUACUUAAUAUUGUUUGUUAUAUUUCAUACUUUACUAGCUGUGUUGAGUUGUAGGAUUCCAUGUCCACACUGGUUAGAUCUGGGGAUUCAUUCUGCAGUGGUAUUCAAAGCGUUAAACCCAAAGCAGUGUUUAGGAGACUCCUUUAAAGCUUGCUGUCCUCAUUAAAGUGCCAAAAUAACAGAAAAUAACCACCAUUUUCCAUUAUGUUUCAGUUAAAGUGUACUUUACAGAAAUGUUUCAAAAAAACAAACCUUUGUUCAAGUCGGCUCAUUCAUCAUUUGAUCAGGAGUGGACAUAGUGUGUGUGUGGAGCUCUGCUCAAUGUACCACCCAGUGGAAAACAUGAAAAGGGUAUUUUAUCAAGAUGCUUUCUGUCUAAAAAAAACUCAAGCCUGGAAAAUUAACAGUAGAACAGGGGUUCUGCUCAAUAUACAUCAUGUAAAGGUGUUUUUACUAGACUUUUUCCAGUAUCGUUUUGAACAUUUAGUACGCCACGUGUUUGUGUUCCUCCUGAGAGAGAAUAUAUGUGAAGCAUGUAGCUUGAAAACCAUGUUCAAUAAAAAGGAACUGCCUUUUUCAACUUUUUUGAUUAAUGGAACAGUUGAUUUGACCAAAUCUGAAAACCAAUAAAAACCUUCAAAUAAAUAAAAAAGCAUUUCAGGA